ACCUAGCCGCCCGAGGAAGGAACGCCAAGAUCCGCCAAAGAAGGAGGCCGGUGACGAUGGCGGCGGUUCGGUGCGCGGCGAGGAGGCUCGGUGGCUCGCUUCUACAGCGAAUGCCGGCGGUAGUCGCGGAGGAGGGACGCCUGCUCGUGCCAAGCAGGUGCAUGCGCCCCCGUCACCUCUCCGGCAAGGUCUCAGGCGAGCAGGCUCGCGGCAUCCAGAAGAAACAGGAUGACAUCUGGGCGGGGUUCAAAGAGACGUUAAAGAGGGUGUCGCAGCGCCCCCCAGAAAAGAAACUAAAUGUCCUUCUACAGCGCAUGAUGUUGAUCGAACAAGUGAGUAAGAGUGUGGUCUAUGGAGCUCUCCAGGUGGUAGUUGUGUAUGCGGCUGCUGCUGCUGUUUGGGACUGGGCUAGUACCUAGCCCAGGCUGAUACCAAGGAAAACCAGUGAAGACAAGAUGGCAAAAUAAGAACAAAAGAUGGCUCUAGUUUGUUUUCAGUUUAGUUAUGUCCUGCAUUUUUGCUAGCUAGCACUAUGUAUCAUGUUAUUAUAUCUCUAUA